AUGAUUGCUUCGAACGACUUGACCCGGUUAAACGUACCCGCUGAUCCCAAAUUUGUACAGCCGUUGUUCGAUAUCAAUGCCACGAAAUACCGUGCAACGAUCGAAGAAACGCCUCGCGUUACACUGUACCAUCGAUUGCGAGAGAAACACGUCAACGAGUGUUACCCGGCACGUGGCAAGACGUCGCGUGUUACUUCCGACCGCGACGAAAGAAACUACCGUCUCGGUGUCCAAGACAAGACUGCCUCGGCGAAAGCCUGUCCGCUGUCAGCCGGGUCGCGUGCUAAGAGGUUGGGAACUACGCCCACGUCACCCGGCACCGGCACCUUCUUCCUGCUGCUGUACACCGCUACCCGUCGUCGUCUCCACCUCAGAGUCGUCUACUACGGGCAACGCGAACGUCGGGAUCAACCGGCGACAGCGAGAGGAACUCGACGAUGCACUCGAUGCGCUGACCGGUGCGGAGCAUCGAUCAAACGAGGCGACGAUAAGCGCGGAGCUUUUCAUACGAACGAGUAUACCUAUUUUCUGUGUUUCGUGUUCUGCGAACGUCCUGCGAGGGGAUCAAAGGAUCUUUGGAUGUGGACGUUGAAUCGUUACGGGCGAGAGAAUCCAGGAAAUUUGGGAGAAGGACGUUGCCGUCACCCGUUCGUAUACUGAUGCAAGUAUUAUAGGGUUAAUUUGAAAAAAAAAAAAAAAAAACAUAGAAACAGGUAAGCAUGCGAGCACCGAACUCACACAGCCCCUCGAUUAUGCGGAUGGAUCCGUCCGCGGAAGAGUCCGAAGAUGUGCUCCGGAAUCUGCACGUGUUACAAGGCUAUCAAAAUUCAGUUAAAACCUCCGGAGUCGCCGGCGAGAACAAGUUCAAGUUCGACGAGCGGAUGUGACGGUCCGCGUCGUAAAGAUAUGGAAAAAGAUUUAUAUGUAUAUAUAUAUAUAUGGGAGCGGUUAGGACCUAAGGGUCACCAGAGGUCGCAAGCCACGUGUUAGAAAGUAAAAGAAAAAUGGAAAACGGUAACGAUCUCGAAUGCAAAAACUAAAAUUACUUGGGUAUUCCACAUAAAAAUGUGGUUGGCGUACAAAUAACAUAAAUAUGUAUAGAUAUACCGUUUGGGCCUGUUUUAACGGGUUAGAAAUCACGUCUGAUUCAAUGAUGUAACUACAAGAGAGAAAAAUUCAUUUUUUGAAGGCCAGUGCAGCGACCAGCUCCCGAUUUCAUAAGAUUAUCUAACCGAUGGCGAUGUACCUAUUCGAUGGUCGGUCGGGUGAAUAGACGAGGAACGAUGAUGGUAUAAUAACGUUUCAUCGGACCCUGGUUUGUAACCUCGCCGAUGUUAUAAUAGAAAAGUUGUUGUAGCUGCCGCUCAAAGUCACGCAAUGCGUUCGCGUUCGGUCAUAGAAAGGAAUAACUCGCGUGAACGCUGGACGUGUGCUCGGCGCUUAAAAGAGGUAUAGAAAGUUGCGUAACUUUACACCCAAGCUCAAAGGGAGAGGAAACUUUCUCGUGACUGUCACUCGACGUGGUAUUCUGUGUAAUAAUGUGCUCCGGGCUCCAACGGACCGAGCUUGGGUACAGCACUGCUGCUGUGGUGUGUUCACCGUACCCACUCUCGUUUGUACGGUACUUCGGCGACGACUAUGCUGCAAAACUUCAACUCCCAGUCUUCGCUGUAUAGUCGGCGGUACGUACGUUACAUUGACCUGGACUGCAGGACUCGCGGAGCCCCUGCGGUAGACGCCGGGCAAUCGUACGAAUAGCCAGAGAUUUAUGUAUCUGAUGUGGUAUGAGGGGAUAGUCACGGAUUGAUCAUUAUUGGUACUGCUAUUAUCAUUUUGCGAGAUGAAGGUACGUUCGUUUUUCCAAGGCAAUCCGAUAA